CUUUGCGAAGAAGAGGAUGAGGACGAGCCUGAAGAAAAAGAAGUUUCAGAGGAGCAGUUUGCUCACUGCGAUCUUGGAACGCUUAGAGACUAUCUCAAUAGCGAUGAAGUCAAGGUAAAAGAUGCUAAGCGUAUAGAAAGCUUGAGGCAGGAGUUCUCCUGGUGGACGUACUGCUUGGCGGGUGGAUUCAACUUACUGCUCUACGGUGUUGGCUCAAAAAGGGCCUUAGUAAACGCGUUCCGGGAAGAGCAGCUGAGCCGAUUUCGAACUUUGACGAUAGACGGUUUUCGAGAAGAUGUCACCUCCAAAUCCAUCCUUGUGAAUAUCGUCGAGUGUAUGCAACUCAAGAACUGCGAGAGAGGAAGAAUAGAUUUCCAGCAAAAGCGACGAUCACUCGUUGAUUGGGCGAAACAUAUUGCUUCCACCAUCGAACACAAGAAGCAGCAGCUCAUCGUGCUGCUGAAUAAUAUCGACAGCCCCAACUUGAGGCGCAGUGAGGCGCAGCGUUUCUAUGCGUUUACAUCAUCUGUAACAAAACAAAAAAAAAAUGAAAAGAAAAAUUUUGUGGGAAACCGCGUGCGACCACUACCGAUCUGGAGUAAAUGCAAUAAUAUUGAGUAUGAAGUUAACGGCUACCAACGGUUGAUUGCUUUACAGAGAUCCUUUGGAUCAGACUGUGUUGGCAAUAGAUCCUCUGGAUCAGACUGUGUUGGCAACAUUAGCAGAAAAUCCAGCAGUCUUAUUGGUAGCCACGAUCGAUCACAUCAAUGCAACUCUUCUAUGGACGAGCGUAAGGUUUUAUUGGAAUCAUUCAAAUGGGUCUAUUGUCGCGCAGACACCUUUGCUUACCCCACAGAAGAGUUGCUUGCAGGACAAUCUUCGCUGUUGGGACUCACGAAUUCGCGUUCAAUAUUCCGGCUCUUUUACGCGAUGUACUUCACGACAAAUGAGCCUGUACCAUUUUGGGAUCUCUUUAGUGCAGCCAAGGAUGAUUUUCUUGUCUCUUCGGACACCGCUUUACGGCAACAGUUGGUUGAGUUCAAUGACCAUCGAGUACUAAGGUAAAU